AUAAAUCAAAAACUUAAACAAUAAACAAAAAAAUAAAAAAUUAAGAAACAAUAACAAAUAAGCAUGGGUUCAUAUAAUAAAAUCAUAACAAUAUAUUAUUUUAUUACUUAUGCUCUUUUAAUGUAACUUGGUUAUGGAGAUAGUGGAAAUCCCUCCCUAACACUUUAAGACAAUGACAGUAUUUAAUAAAUUCAAUGUUAAACAUCUAUAAGUUAACCUUGUCUAGUUACUUUCACUCCAUCUUCUGAUUUUCAUGGAGCUGUAGAGUUGAAUUUUUAAACGAUAGCGGAAAGCUUAGGAACAAGUACAUCUACUUAUUCAUAAUAAAUCUAAUUGCAAUAUUGCAUGAAUAAUAGCAGUGUUUGUGAUUUUGGAGCAUUUUAAAUGGGAUUGCGUAGUUAAUCAAUUCAAGGAGUCUUCUCAUAAAAUACAUAAUAUACCUUUAUUUUAUAGGCUUAAUCAAAUGAUCCUCUGAAUUUGGUUUUCAAUUUUUCUAUCUCAAAAGGAUAGAGAUGCAUAAGUAACAACUGUAGUGGUAAUGGAGCUUGUAUAGUUUCUAAUAAAGUCAAGCAAUGCUCUUGCAAUUAAGGAUAUGGAGCCAAAAAUUGCUAAGCUUAAGUGUAAACUAUUGCACCAAAUGUAUUUUUGGAUAUAAAUGUUUCAGGUUCUUCAUAGAAAAUAAUUUAAUUUACAUCAAGCAACCCAAUUUAAUAAGCUCUUUUAAACAAUUAAUAUAAUUUAAUUAUCCAAAAUUAAAAUAAUUAAAGAUUUAAUAUUUACAUUCUAGACGGAAAUUCUCAAACAAGCAGCGGAAUAUUUAGUUAAGAAUACAGUUCUAAUUCUAAUGAUUCUCUAAAUUUAAACUAAAUUUUCUCUUCAUCCAAUACUUUAUAAAAUUUUUUACUUAUCUUAAUAAUUAACAAUGAAUCUAACAUCUCUUAGUCAAUAAAAGUAUAACUCUAAAUAUAGUAAAGCUCUUAAAACUAAUCAUCAAGUGAUUCCUAUUUUAUUUAUUUCCUUAUCGGAAUGGUUGGUUUGAUUAUGCUAAUUAUUAUUUUAGGUUUCAUUUAUUUCUUAUUUAAAAGAAGAUUAAUUAGAGAGCGUGCUUAAAAUAACAUCCAAAUCCUUGCAUAGGCUCUUAUAUGUCCUUCAGAAUCCAAAGAAACUGAUAACUCUGAAAAAUUUAUGAAAUUAUACAAUUAAGCUAUUCCCUCUCAUAAAAUGCAGGCCUCAACUUUAGAAAACUUGAUCAAAUAGAAUAAAGAAAAACAUGAUUCUAACAACAAGGGAGAUGCUCAACUCCCUUAUUAAUCUGAAGGUGGUAAUUCAAACUAAAUUAUUUGCUCAAUUUGCCUUUAGGCUAUACAAGAAAACGAUAAAUACCGUGAAACUAUUUGCAAGCAUCUUUUUCACUAAGAAUGUCUUGAUGUAUGGAUUUAAAAGUAGCGCAACUGCCCUAUGUGUCGUUCUAACCAUAAAAUAAUCGAUUUGUAAAAAUAUUUAAAAGAAAACAAGCGUUGUUCUAUCACCGAAACUCAUCAAAUAAAUGGUCAUGGAGUUGUAUUUGAAAUGUAAGAAAACACCUCUCCAAAUCAGAGAAACUCAUCAUCUCCUUUUGGUUUCAUACCUAUUCUUCCCUUUUCCCUUACAAGAUAAUAGUAAAGUGGUAGUGUCUGCUAAAAUAUGCAAGAAUUAGCAUCACCUAAGAAGGCAUCUUACUCUCCUCCUAAACCUAUUAGACCUUCAUUUUAAUUAUAAUAAUAAUAAAUGAACGAUUCUUCAAAUGUAUAAAUCACAAUACCAGAUAAUACAAACGACUUAACAAACUUACAAUUGCCAUAAGCUUCUUUGAAUGAAAGCAGCAUUAACCAAUUUACUUUAAAUAAUUAGCUUCUGAACAACUCAUUAGCUGGUAAAAAAUCAAAAGACGAAGAAUAAAAUAACACAUUAACAAAAUUAAUUGAUAUUUUGAACAAUAAUUCUUCAAUAUUGAACUAUAUCUCCAAAAAUCCAUAAAAUAACAACAACAAUAACUAAUAAUAAUUAAAACCUAUUGCUGAAGAAGAAUAACAGCAUAAUUCAGCUUACUCCUCUUACAUAAGAUAGUCAAAUUACAAUAUUUUUACUGAUAACAAUUAAGCGAGAUAAGAAACUGAUCUUGAAAGAGGGAAAGUUGGUACUUAAAAUACAAUUUAAUAGGAGAUGACUAGCUAAGCAACAGAAAAUUAUUAUCAUCGCUAAUCUAUUGCUUCAAGCAAAAAGCUGAAUUACAAUUUUCAAAUUUAACCACAAGUUUAGGCCUAGUUCAUGAAAGCUUAGAUAUUUACUUCUCAAUUGAACAAUAGCAAUUUAUAUAAAAAUAGAGUUAUUUUAUGA